AAAAUAUACUUUCCAAUUCCUACGUAUUUCGAGUUGGACCAGGAUCCUAUAGCACGAUAAAUUGCAAUGACUUGGUUAACAGAUUCCCCAAGAAAACCUGACAUCGCUAAAUCUCUCUGGCAACAAAUCUUCCCCUCCUCUGUUCAAAAACCUGCCAUAGCCAUACCUUCCCUUCUUCUAAGAAUGAACGGAAACAGCUCCUACGAAUCAUCUUGGGCCGAUCAAUGGGACAACAACCCUGAUGUUGUUUACGACUCCCAGAACAGGAAGAGCAGCAGCAGUUCAGCCGACAAAUACAAGCAGAAGGUCGGAGAAGGUCUGGGAAAGACCAAAGCUGUUGCUUCUACUGGUAUGAAGAAGGUCAAAGAAGGAACCAUCACCGGCUUCCAUUGGAUCAAAGACAAAUACCAUAAGACUACCCAGAAACGUUAAUGGAUUCUCUGUAAAUGUUUCCUUUCUGUUCUUUUAUUUCUUUUGUUUAUUAUUUGUAGUUGAAUGUUUCUUUUUUCUUGUUUCUUGAUUAAUAGAUUUGUUAUUAACAUAAUUGGGAUGUUUGGAAUAUAUUUUAUUAGUAUA